AUGUCGUCUAGCGAAAGAAUGGCGUAUCCCUACGGCAAACCGUACCCAACGCCCUCUAAUGGUACAGAACAUGACGAAAACAAACUCUGGAUGCAGAUACAGUACGAAGCAUACGUAGAUGGGAUUGACCUGACAGUAUUGCCUUUUGCCAAAGAAGCUAUUGCGAGCAUCGCUUCGCUAGCAAGUAGCAUGAUUGAUGUGAAGGAAUUUGACUUCUCAACCUCAAAGAGGGUUGAUACGCAUACACACCCCAUUCCAGACUGGUUUCGAGCCCUCGAACUGAAUGCUGCAGGCCGCGCAACGCCGUCUUGGAACGUAUCAUCCCACCUCAAAUUCAUGAGUGAACACCACAUUGCUCACUCUGUACUCUGCGUCUCCACACCCCAGGCUAACGCCUUCUUGACUGAAAGAGACGAAGUGCUGAGAAAGAAGAAGACAAUUGCCCUUGCUCGUUUACUCAACUCCUUCACAGCGGAACUUUGCAGGAUCUAUCCUGAGAGAUUUAGUUGGUUGGCCAUUAUGCCGCUACCCCAUGUGGAAGAAUUGAUUACGGAACUGAAGCGCAUGUUUGGAAUGGUGGGGAAACAGCCAGUGGGUGUCGGUGUGUUAACAAACCACGAGGGGAUGUACCCGGGAGACGAGACUUUUGAUUCAUUGUGGGAUUUUCUACAAGAGAGAUCCGCAAAGAUGGGAAGAGAUGGGACGGAGGUGGUCUUCGUGCAUCCAACGGAGCCCAUCAUCAAGCUCGACGAUGGCCGAUUGAUAAAUUCUCGACCAUCACCCCUUCGCUCCGGUCUCGGAGAAUUCUACUUUGAAACCGCGCGCGCCAUCUCGAGUCUAACAGCCUCAUCCACAUUCCUCAAGUUUCCGUCCCUCCACUUCCGCAUCUCUCACGGCGCAGGCGCUUUCCCCGAUAUCUCCGAGCGUUUCCUUCUCGGCUUCCCCAACAUCUCGACCGCAGCGAGGGAAGCCUACAAAACACGCUUUUGGUACGAUAGUGCAGGACCAGUUUGGCCAAAUCAGGUCAAAGGGCUGACGGAAGGAAUGGGUAUCCCAGUUAGUCAGAUGGUGUUUGGCACGGAUUAUCCGUAUGGCAUCGGGUUUUGGGAUGUGGAUGCUAAUAUUGAUGGGUUGGCGUGGGCGGGAGAAUUGCGGUUUGAGGAGAAGGAGAAGGUGUUUUGGGGGAAUGCGAAGGAGUUGUGGAGAGGGAAGAUUGCGGCGUUGGAUGCUAUGGAAGAGUAG